AUGGUUGGGGCAAUGAUGUUUGGGCUUGACCAAGGUAACUUCGGAGUCGUGUCUGUCUUCGAGGACUUCGAGUCGCACUGGUGCGAUCACAAUUUUGGUGAUAAAGCUCACUGCCACGGUGAGCUAGUAAAGGAGAACAAGGAGUGGGACGGCGGCUUCAUCCUCUGGGGUGGCACGCUCAUCACUUUCGGUGCCGCCGCGGGGGCGUUGACACUUGGUCCCGUGAUGAUGAAUAAGCUUGGGCGCAGACGGAGCAUUGGCAUCGGAGGGUUCAUUUGCUGCAUGGGUUGCUUGCUGGCCUCGUACCUGUCCUUUGGCAGCAUCCCCGUCUUCUACGUUGGCCGCUUCAUCACGGGCUUUGGCGUCGGCGUGGCUUGCUUGGUCUUGCCGGUGUACAACUCGGAGUGCUCCACCCCGACAAUCCGCGGUCUGACAGGUUCGUUUUUCCAGCUGAACGUCGCGGUCGGAAGUCUCGUGGCCACCCUCAUCUGUACGUUUUACAAGAACUGGGCAUUUGGCAUGUUCCUUCCAGGACUUGCAGGGGCAAUUCUCGCGCUUGCGUCAUUCUUCCUCCCAGAGUCGCCCCGGUGGAUGAUGGCUUCCACAGGGGACUACGAAAAGGGGAAGGAAGAGCUUCAAAAGAUUCGCGAGGGCAAUGUGGACAUUGAAGCAGAGGAGAUGUGGGAGGAGAUUCAAGCAGAGAAAAAUAUGACCGAGGUGAGCUAUACUGGUCUCUUCGAAGAGCGCAAUCUUCGCAAGCGAGUGUUGAUAGCAUGUGGCCUCGUCAUGGCCCAGCAGUUGACUGGUGUGAACGCCUUCCUCUCGUACUCGGGGGUGAUUUUCGGGAAGUGCGGCUUUGAUGAUCCCAUCCAAGUUACCCUGGUGUUCAACCUCUGGAUGAUAUUGUUCGUCAUCCUUGGCCUCGUCCUGAUCGAUUCGAAGUAUGGCGGACGCAGGAGCCAGCUAUUGGCUGCUACUGCCAUCAUGGGCCCGCCGCUCGUCGUAGCUUCUAUGGGCUUGCAGAUGGCGUGGAACCCAUUGAUCGUUGCAGCUAUGGUCUGCAUCUAUGGAGGCGGCUUUCAGCUUGCUUGGGGGAUGGUGCCGUGGAUCUACCCCUCAGAGAUCUUCUCGAUGUUGGAGAAGGAAAAGGCAUUGUCAAUCGCAGUGUUCGUGAACUACAUGUUCAAUGCGCUGAUUGUGUACAUCACGCCCGUGCUGAUGAACUGGAGCAUCACUGGCACCUUCUAUGUAUUCGCAAUAUUGAACAUCGGUUGUGGACUCUUCGUCUGGACCUUUGUGGUGGAGACCAAGGGCAUUGCCUUGGAGUUGACGCCAGCGCUGUUUGAUAGCUCUAGACACAAAGGCGAGGACUCAGACAGCGACGACUCAGACAGCGAAGACUCAGAUUAG